AUGGCGCCGCUGCCAGACCAGCUCUCGUCGCCUGGUUCGGUCAGCUAUGAUUCCGACACCAUGACCGUGGGCGACGGCACCUGGGACUUUACCAAGAACACCUUCCUCCUGCCCAACCUGCAGGGCACCGACUUUGACACCACGCGAUACAAUGGAAUGGGCAACCGCUUCUCCACCGUGCACCAGUACCAUACCAUCAUCCUGGCGCACGGCAUCAUGGCCGCCAUGGUCUUUCUCUUCCUGGUGCCCUUCUCCGUCAUGAUUGCGAGGUUCUACUCGAGGGAGCCGGGCUAUGCGAUUCGAUACCAUGCGCGGCUGCACGUCUUUGCCUGCCUGCUUCUGCUGGCCACCUUUAUCCUGCCCUUCUUCGCCGUCGGACCGAAGCGGUCGCUGUCGAACCCGCACCAUGGGAUUGGCGUUGCCAUCUUCGUCAUGUUCAUGGUUCAGCUCAUUGGGGGUCGGAUCGUCCAUCGCAUCACCAAACUCCGCUCGCUGCGCGUGACGCUCCACCAGUGGUUGGGAAGAGCCGUGGCCAUCCUCGGAAUCGUCCAGAUACCCCUCGGACUCACCUUGUAUGGAUCGCCAAAGGUGCUCUUCAUCUUGUACGCUGUCUGGAUGGGCUUUCUUUUGCUUGUCUACUUUGUCCUCAGCUACCAGUCGCAGGGCCGUCGGGAGCACUACAUGUCGGAAGUGCGCUCCGAGGCAGGCAACACGCGCAUCACCGAGUCCGAGUACUUUUCUGACCAUAGGGAGCAUUCUCAUUCCAAGCUUGCGUGGCUGGGGCCCCUGGCUGCCGCGGCAGGCUUGUUUGCACUGACCAGAGGCCGUAACAAGGACCACCGGGAUGACCACAGCCGCGUUCGUAGCCAGUCUCCAUCCAUGCGAAGCCGAGGCCCGACCGUCGUCUCAUCACGCCCAAGCUACUUCUCGGAAAAGUACUCGGAUCUUCCAUCCCAGCGAGACGGAGGGGGGGGGGGAGGAGGCGGUGGUGGUAUGCUCAAGGCAUUGGGAGGCGUGGCUGCAGCGUUUGGUGCUGGAAAGCUCUUUUCCAACUUUAUGAGCCGCCGUGAUCGACGUGACGAAGAGUACUCGGCUGUGUCCACCGAGACACCUCACCGCAACCGGUCUGGGCGGGCUACGACAAUCAGCGAGUUCAACAGCGAGUACACCGACGAUGCGUCUACCAUUCCGCCGUCGCGCGCCCCGGCCCCUACUCAGACGGCUUCUGCCUAUGGAGGCCGACGGUCGUCUCCGUCUCGUUCGCACGUGCGCAGUGACGCACCCAGACGAGAUGCAUAUGACGACUCCGAGUACUCGUCCUACGUGUCUCCUUCGCGACGCACGCAAGAUGCUGGGGGUAGCGGCGGGUUUGCCAAGGGCGUGCUUGCCACUUUGGGAGUUGGAUGGCUUGCGAAGAAGAUUGCCAACAGGCGUGCCAAAAAGGAGGAAGACGAGCGGCUCAGGGACGAGGAAGAGAUGCGGUCCGGCACGCAGUUCUCAAGGUACAGCAACACCGAGUACUCGUCUCCCGUCAGGAGGGACUCGCGCCGCCCACCGCCCCAGAGGCGCAGCACCGUUACGGGCACCGAGUUCUCGGACACGACGGAAUCGACGUUUGACACGCAGACGGAGCUCUCUGCCAUGCCCAAAAAGGGGCCCCUGAGUGCCGCUGUGAGGGUCCCGCCGAGCACGUCCGCGUUGGUCCCUGGCGAUGCGCCCCCUCCCCGGCGCGGUGAGCGUCUGUCGAUGCCAGCUAUGCCUUCGGAUCCCCAUGGCAUUCUUCAUCAGUCCGACGGCAGUGCUUCCGACUUGACGUCCAUCGUCGACCGGCCCGCAGGACGCAACCCAUCUCGGCGGCACUCGACGGGCGCCCCCAGGACGAGGGGCCACGACGACAAGGACCGCAACGUUACCCUGCGACGGCUGACCGAGGAGGAGUCCUUGGCACGCCGGGGCCGAAUGGACUCGCAAUCCAGUCUGUCCGAGUCACCGACCAAGAGUCGUCGGUACCGCCGGGAUGAUAGCCAGAGGAGGGCCGAGUCGGCAGCCGAAAGCAGGGCGGAAAGCAGAGCGCAGGAUGAAGACAGCCGGCUGGGACCGCUCUCGCCGCCCAGCGCAUCGCUCGCCAAGGGCAGACGCGGCAAGGAUUCGGGAUACUACUCGGGCCAGCCUGCGCCGCCGCCGUACCCUGCCCAGCCUGUCCCGCCCGCUCAACCGGGACCGUCGACUCACCUGGCGCCACCGCACGCGCCGCUGCCCACCGCCUCUGUCUCUAGCAUCGGCAGUCACGCAGCUACACGCCCAACCGCGCCGCCGGUCGUGCCGCCCGUGGUACCGUCCACCGUACCGCCCACGGAGAUUAAGGACGACAAGGGCAACGAGUCGGCCGCGGACAACAGGAGGAGGCGGCGGAUGGAGCGACGACGGGCGAGCAGCAGCCGGCCGGCGGGGACGGACAUGUACACGACGGACACGUACACGACGGAUACGUACGAUGACACUGAGAGGGGAUUUUGA